AUGCCCAUCACCUCCUCUAUUUUGUCGUGGGUCCUGGGAGGUCUGGCGUUGGCCGGCACGACACAUGCGCAAUUCAAUGGCGUCGCCACGACGUAUGGACCGCCCGAUGGCGAGUCUCCGCAAGGCGGUAACUGCGCCCUCAUGACGUGGCUGGACUUCGCACCUCGUUUUCACGCCGCGCUGAACGACAAGCAAUGGUCGUCUGGAGUUCACUGCGGUCGCUGUGUGCUUGUGACGUGUACUGACCCUCGGUGCACAUCGCGUGAAUCUGUCCUCGGACAGGUCACAGACCGAUGUCCUGAGUGUGCUCACGGCGAUUUGGACAUGUCGUUGCCCAUGUUCCACAAGAUCACUGGCUACAACACGGAUAGGCUCACGAUUCAUUGGGACUUUGUCGAUUGUCCCGUGUCUGGAGGGGUCCAAGUGUGCGCCAAGUCCGGCAGCAGCAAGCACUGGCUGUACAUUCAGGCUAGCAAUGCCGUCAACGGCGUCGCGAGUAUGAACAUCAACGGCGCCCCUGCCCCGAUCUUUAGCUCGGCGUACUACUUUAUGUCACAAGCGCUGGGCGUCGAGUUGGCAAACACCGUCGUAUCCAUGACAUCUCACGGAGGCGACACGAUCGACGUCAAAGUGCAGUUGGAGGCUGACAAGUGCACCCAGAUUCCGCAACAGUUUGCCAAGGAAACCACCCACAGAUCCGCCCGCGACGCCCCCACCUGCACCUACAGCACCCCCUGCCACUCCUAA